AUGACGAUCACAGUGAUGGUAGUGGUGGAAGUUGUGGUGGCAGUGGUGCUAGAAGUAACAAUGGUAGUGGUGGCAGCGAUGGCAGAGGUGGUGACAGCUGGUAACGAUAGCAAAAGCAGAGACAAUGGUGAUGGUAGGGGUAGUGGUGGCGAUGGAAGUGGUGGCGGUGGUGGUGGCAGCGGUAGUAGAGGUGACAAAGUUGGUGGUGGUGACGGUGACGGUGACAGAGGUGGUAGUGGUGGUAGAGGUUGUAGCAAUUUAAGAGUUGAAAAAGUAUUGGAAGUUGUUCACAUUGCAACCAAUAAAAACACUGAUCGUGUGACAUGUCAGUCUUGUGGCGUCACAAUGGGUUUGGGACAGGUUUUUAUUGCUGUAGGAUAA